UUGUGCCCCAGUUUUUGCUGCACCUGCCCCGCUCGUCCAUCGGCUCAUCCGGCUGCUGAGGACCGGGAGCUGGUGAGGAUCAGCCAGCUGCGCAGGAGAGAUCCCCCGCGAAACGCGUCAUGGGACACGGGAGAACCGCUGCCCCUCUGUCCGUCUGCAUUUAACGAGAUGAUCUCAUCCGGCUGCCUCAGAUUGAUCGUUGUUAUCUUCUGCUGCUCGUCACUCACAUCUGCAGGAGAGAGAGAGCCUAAGAUUCAGCCCUCUAAUGACACACUCAUUCUUCAUAAGGAUGACUUUCUAAGUCUUACAUGCAGAGGUCAUGGCGCCUUGCAGUGGACAUUUGACAAUGCCCAGCGGCCGCUGCCCUCAGAGCGGGUGAAGGUGGAGAACUGUCAUUCCAGGCGCCACCCUCACUGCAGUAAGCUGACUGUGGCACACCUGAGGGCCAGCGACACUGGGCGUUAUACCUGCAAAUCCUCCAAAGACAGUUCAGACCACACCACCUCGACCUAUGUGUUCGUCAAAGAUCAAGAUCAACCAUUUGCAGAGCCUCAUUAUCCAGCACCUUAUGUUGUGAGCAUCUACAGGCAUGAGACCAGCCUUGUGAUUCCCUGCCGGACAUCAUUGCCUCAUGCAGUUGUAAACCUUACAGCGAACAAACAAUUAUCAGAGAAGAUCAGUAAAGAGAUGGUGUGGGAUCCAAAGGUGGGCUUCAGGAUUCCCUAUGGUCCUUUCACGAUGUACUCAAUGUUCACCUGCUCAACUGUGGUUAAUGGACGCCGGUUCCAGUCGAUUUACAUCCCUCAGAGACAAACCCUUCGUCUUGAAAACGUGAUGAUCACCCCAGAUCGAGUUAAAAUUUUGGUCGGAGACACCCUCGUCCUCAACUGUAGUGGUGUGACCACCUAUAAUGGAAGGAUCAACUUCACCUGGUAUUUUCCAAAGAGGAAUGAAAACAGACACCAUGUGGAGAAGACAAAACUAAAACCUGCUAGGGAUCUGGUGAUGAGCAACUCUUUGGUGUUGCCAAAUGUAACUAUGGAGGACAAGGGGGUGUAUCGAUGCGUAGCUGAGCUUGAACCUACAAAACACAAGAGUGCUACAGCAAAAGUCAUUGUUUACGAGCAUCCUUUCCUCAACCUCCAGUACAAACAGAAUGGUCGAAGUAAAGUCAUUGUCAAUGAAGGCGAAAAGGAGCUUCUGUUUGACUCUAAGGUCGUGGCUCUGCCCACACCCGACGAGAAGGCAUGGUAUAAGGAUGGAGUCCUCAUCAGGAACAAUGCUACAUGCUACAACAUGUCGGGGUAUACCUUGAUCAUCACUGACUUGCAGCUGAAGCAUGCUGGUGUCUACACCAUAAAUGUGGGCAACAAAAUGACCGGCCUGUACAGGAACAUGAGCUACACUCUGGUGGUCAACGUGAAGCCAACUAUUUCAGAAGCAGAGCUUCCCACCAUGGGCGUACAGCCCUAUAUGUCCGGCAAACAGCACCAGCUUACUUGCACCGCCUAUGGGCUGCCCUCUCCAAACAUCAUUUGGUUUUGGCAGCCAUGUAAACCAGACCCAAUGCUUAAGAAUUGCUCUACUGACACCAAGCCAAUACACGUCUACCCUGAUGGAAGGCAAAAUAAUUCACACAACUGGAUUAAGAGCAUAAAUGUCAAGGUUGAACUGGUUCAAGGAAAAAACAAGACUGUGAGUACCCUGGUGAUUGGAGAGGCUCGUGUUGCUGGAUUCUACCAUUGCAAGGUGUGGAACGAAGCCGGCACGGCCGAAAUGAAGAUUCCUUUCUACGUUGAUGAUCACCCCAAGGAAGUCAGCAUCGAACCUCAAACAGCCAUCGAGGGGGACGACGUCACCCUGACCUGUCGGGCAACCCGUUACCUCUACACCGGCCUUCAGUGGUUGGACUCCAAGAACGAAACCAUCACUUCCAAUGUGUCGGAGCUUGGGGUCCACAAUUACUCCAUUUCUAUUUCUCUGUACUUGUACAAUGUGUCCCAAAGUGGCACCAAAGGCUACAAGUGCCAAGCAUACAAGCUUCACAAAAGGGCUGAAUUGAAGAUGGCGUCUUUAAUUGUGAAUGAGAGAAAGAGGCCGUGGCUCAGCCAAAAUCUGACGAAUCAGGAUGUGAACAGUAGCAGCACCCUGGUCAUGGCCUGCUACGCUUCUGGGGUUCCUCGUCCCCACAUCAUUUGGUACAAAAAUGGCGUAGAAGUGGAAGAGAGUCCAGGCGUCAAUCUGGGAGAGGAUGGAACUCUGAUCAUCGAACGGGUGAAGAAAGAUGACGAGGGUCUGUACGAGUGUGUGGCCCAAAAUGUUGAGGGUUUCGCGAAAACGAGCGCCGUGGUCACUGUGCUUGGAGAUGAAGGGAAACCAAACGUUGAGGUCAUCAUUUCGGUGUGCACUGGAGCUGCUGCAACUUUCCUCUGGCUUAUGGUCAUCCUCUUCAUUCGCAAGCUGCGGAAGCAACCAUCACACUACAAGCUGGGUCCCUCUAUCAUCAUUGAUCCUGAUGAGUAUCCCCUCGAGGAGCAGAAUGACCUUCUUCAGUAUGACAGCAGCAAAUGGGAGUUUCCACGUGACCGCCUGCAACUAGGUAAGACCCUCGGCCAUGGAGCCUUUGGAAAAGUGGUUGAGGCCUCGGCCUUUGGGAUCGACAAGGUCUCGACCUGCAAGACUGUUGCAGUCAAAAUGUUGAAAGGAGGUGCGACAUCAAAUGAGCGUAAAGCUCUGAUGUCAGAGCUGAAAAUCCUGAUCCAUAUCGGCCAUCAUCUGAAUGUUGUUAACCUGCUGGGAGCGUGCACCAAACCUGGAGGACCAUUGAUGAUGAUUGUGGAAUUCUGCAAAUAUGGCAACUUGUCCAACUACUUGAGAAGCAAGAGAGAUGAUUUUCUGGUGUACAAGAGCCAGGACGGUAAGGUGGUGUCGACGGGGUCAGGCUGCGAGCUGAGCGAGCUGAUGAAGCGCCGCUUGGAGAGCGUGGCCAGCACCGGAAGCUCAGCCAGUUCUGGUUUUGUUGAAGAUAAGAGCUACAGCGACUCAGAGGAAGAGGAAGAAGAAUCUGAAGAUCUAUACAAGAGGGUUCUGACGCUGGAAGAUUUAAUUUGCUACAGUUUCCAAGUUGCAAAAGGCAUGGAGUUCUUGGCUUCACGCAAGUGCAUUCAUCGUGAUUUGGCUGCACGGAACAUCCUGCUAUCUGAGAACAACGUUGUUAAGAUUUGUGAUUUUGGACUCGCAAGAGACAUCUACAAAGAUCCCGAUUAUGUGCGCAAAGGAGAUGCUCGACUGCCUCUCAAGUGGAUGGCACCCGAGGCCAUAUUUGACAAGAUCUACACAACUCAGAGUGACGUGUGGUCCUUUGGUGUUCUGAUAUGGGAGAUCUUCUCUCUAGGUGCUUCUCCUUAUCCUGGCGUCCAGAUUGAUGAGGAAUUUUGCUGCAGACUAAAGGAGGGGACCAGGAUGAGAGCACCCGAUUACGCUCCCACUGAAAUAUAUCAAACCAUGCUGGACUGCUGGCAGGGCGAGCCGCAGCAGCGUCCCACCUUCACGGAGCUGGUGGAAAGGCUGGGAGAUCUCCUUCAGGCCAGUGUGCAACAGGAGGGAAAACACUACAUACCCAUCAACACAGCUCUGCUGGCAAAGGUGGGGGAGCAGACGGCUGCAGCUCCCACAGAGGAGACACCAACACAGCCCAUCUCCCACCGCGAAUCAGGAGGCAACUGGAACAUUAAGAUUCGUCCUGCUAGUGUAAAAACCUUUGACGAGGUCAACAUGGAGAACGUGAGAAAUGAGAACCACAAGAGUCAGACAGACAGCGGGGUGGGCUUUUCCUCUGACAACAUGAAGACACUGAUGUGCUUUGAAUCACUGGCCGGCCGACCUCUGAGCAUCAUGGCUCUGGCGAUGAAAGCCUCGAGCAGAAGUAAAGAGUCUGUGCUCACUGACUUGGAGAAGGAGAAGUUUCCGUCCACUGUUCCCCCUUUAGACUUCGGUCUGGAUGACUCGGCCCUGGACGAAAGCCUGGAGUGUCACAGCCCUCCCCCUGACUACAACUACGUGAUGCGCUACUCCACCCCGCCGGUGUAACCUCUCGUCCUCUCCUCUGGAAAAUCUGAGACUGAUGUUCUCCUCUGCUUUGACACUCGGAUGCAAAUGUACUGUGAGAAGAAAAAAUCGAGAUAUCCUCUUAAGAUGUUUAGACACGAAUCAAUACCACUCCGUCUUCAAACUUCCAGAGAGACCUCUAUGCAGCAAAGGAAAGGUGUAAAACUGUUCACAUGUGGGCUUCUGUUGAUGCUGCUGGUCCGCUCCACCCUCACUGUGAUAUGUCAAACAGCGGAAAACAGGCUCAGGUAUUUUUUAAUCUACUGUGAAACAAUUUGCAUUGAUUCCAACUUCGCCAGCGAUCUGAAAAACUAUGUUGAUGAUGAAGAACACAAAAAAAAGUAACGCAAGGGAGAUAAAACAAAGUUUAUUUUUAAGGCUAUUAGGAGAGAAAACCAUACAGUUAAUUGAAUGGAAAUAUUUAGAAAAAAGAAGUCAAUUGAAAAGUUUUGGGCUUACAUGUGCCCGUAUAAAGGUUCAGCUUUGCUUUAAACACAAACCAGAUGUGAGAGAUCAUUUCUCAUGGGAUUUUAUCUAAAGAAAUUCUGCUUAUUAAACUCAGGUUGACCCAGAGUGCCAGCGCAAAGGAGCGUUCUGGGCUGAAUGGAUGUUUUUCAGUUCGGUCUUGGUUUUUGAAAAUUCCCAGGUUAAUGGAGGAUACAGGGUUCAGAUGAAACAAUACAGCUCAGCUGUGAAGGCAAGUAAAUGUGUGGCUGCACAAGCAGAAUCCUCCGGUGCGAGUCGGGCGUUGAGGAAAUGUUUCUUGUUUUGCUUUGUUUUUGGUCAAGCAUAAAGGAAAACUAAAAUACAUUUGUAAAAAAAAUUUGUGUACACAUGUAGUUAGAAACAUGCAAUCACAGCAGAACUGUAGAGGAAAAGUAUUAAAAACAAGCACUAGAAAAUGAAUUGUGUAUUUAUAUAGAAGGAAAACACUGUCUCAUAGUUGUCCAGUUCUGCACAUUUACCCGUUUAGAAGUUAAACGCAGGAGCGUUCCUGCUAAUUGUUCCCAAUAUCACUAUGUAAACUCCCAUUGUUUCAUCCCAGACGUGUAUGCUUUUUAUGCUGCUGAUAGUUCAGCUGUGGAAGUCUGCCUCCACAGAAACAGGUGACCCUUCUGCUCCCUUUGUCUCAUGCUUGUAAAGCUUGUGUUGCCGCAGACUCUGUCUGAAUUAACACCAGACCCCUCUGCCUCUGCUCCGUUAACACAUCGUUCCUCCCUGUUUUAAUAGCCUUUCGAGCAUUUUAUUUUUCACGCUGUAUGCACUGGAAGUGCUUUGGAGUAAAACCCAUAUUCAUCCCUGUAUUAGCACGCACACUCCCUCUGGAAAUGCAGCUAGCUUUUGUCUGUUAACCACUGAAGAAGAAACAGUGUUUUUCAUUGUGUUACUGCAAUGUAAAGUGAACCCAUGUCUUGUCUUUUUUUUUUUUUUUUGUGGAGAAUGGGAUGUGGAAAUGAUUAUGCACUGAUACUUUAUAUCAAGUAUAUUUUUUAUUUGAACUAAUUUUGUUAUGUGUUGCAAAGGUUGCAGAUUUUAUUUUUUGUUUAUAUUCUGCUCUUAUCUAUAUAGUUAGGUAAUUAACAUAUGCAGUUUCAUAUUAUAUCUUAACAUCAAUGUCCCUGUUUCAUUUAAAAGAUGAUCUUUAUUUAAGGCAUACCAUCCUCUGCUGUCACAACAACGUACAAUAAUUCCACCCUGACUGCCAAAUGAGAUGUGGAUUUCAAUGCAUUUCUUCUUUUUUCUCGAGCAUAUGAAUAAAAUAAGUUAAUAAAGA